AUGUUCACGCCGCUGACGCCUAGAAAUGUCAAGUGGCUGUACCCAGCUAGCGACCCCAAUAACUCAGCUGAAUCUUUACAACACACAACCGCGACAAUCACAUCAGAAGUCCCCACGCCCCCUGAAAAUGACUUUGCUAAUCAGCCCUCUUCUGAAUUUAUGGCACUGGUGGUCGACGAGAUUGAUGAAGAGUCCAUCGUACACGGUGAGCAGCUGGGAAGAGCAACAAAACCAGUGCCGGUGCAACUGGUGAAGAUUACCACCGAGAAUAUGUCGCACAUGGCCAUCCUAUCGUGGCGCUGGGAUGGCGAUAUUCACAGUUCUCGAAAUAUUGCUAGCGCAGUACAUCUUGCCAAGACUAUGUCCAUCAAGUACUUAUUCAUUGAUCAGAUCUCCAUCGAUCAGUCCCUAGACGGCGAUGCCCUGAUAGAAAAAGUUCUGGCUUUUUCGACACUGUACAAGACUAUCACUGUGAUCGCUGCUUAUGAAAAAGUCGACGAGGCUUUCAAAAAGACCCUCUACCGCCCGUGGAUCUUCAGUGAGAUGCGACUCUACCGAUACAACCCCGGCCAAAUCAUUUAUGUCGGCCAUUGCAAUCAGGGUUCAAAGCACACACCCUGGUGCUAUCUGCCAAUACUAGACCCUUUGCUCAGGCCACAUUUAUGUUAUGAAUUCUUUAAGCACCUCAGCCGGAACUGGACUGGGAGCUACCUUGACACUAUUGUCCAUGUUCUCUACCAAGAAAUCGACAUGGCAUCGAUUUGUGACUUCAAGUUCAUCAUGCCGCCCUACGCUCGCGUUUUGUCGACGGCUUAUGAGACGAUGAGCCGAAAUGACUAUCUCUUGACCGCUGCAAUUCUUUGUGUAGUCCACGCGAGACCCAGUGGCCCACUGUUGCCGAGCCUUGAGGAUAUGGACUAUAGACGGUACAGAUUCAGCAAGGCUCGGGGACGUUUCUCCAAAGGUAAAGUAAGAUACAACAUCCGUCUCGACGGAGUCACGGUCGCAAACUGGGAAGAUUGGUGUGGCCUGCACAAGUCGGCUCAUUUUUAUAUGUUAUCGGUGGUGCAGGACACAGAACAGGUCAUUCUCAAGGCACUUGGGCUGACCGACCCCGAGUUUCUGCGAGAGUAUGCCCUACAAGAGGAGGCACGACGGUCCUGUCUGAUCCUGCCCAAGGAGGAGACAGUGCCGCUCCCUACUGUCAAAAUAGCUUCUGUGGUACUAUAG